GGGUCACACGGAGGCUGUUGGACGGCGGGUGCCUGUCAACCUUUGUUGUAGUUGUCGUCAUAGACGAGCGCCGCGCGCGGCCAGAUGAGGUGUCACCGUCUCCGGACUUGUGUGAAUUAAUGGUAGGAGUAAGUGAGAGAGCUCGCGAGGGUCGUCGUGUGUGUGCGGAGGUGUGCCCGACCGAGGGGAGUCGUGCGGAAGAUGGCAGACGUGACGAGUACAUCCCUGGGCCAGGAGGAAGGCUGGUAUCUUUCUGAAGAGGGAUUUGAAGCUUGUACAGGUUCUUCAGAUAAACUGACUAAAGGUGCUAUUAUCCUUGUUGCUCUCAAUACAGACCUUAGAACUAUUGGAAAGAAAUUUCUCCCCAGCGACAUCAAUGGAGGAAAAGUAGAGAAGAUAGAUGGCCCAUGUGUUCUUCAAAUACAGAAAAUCCGUAAUAUAUCUGCACCAAAAGACAAUGAAGAAUCUCAGGCAGCUCCUAGAAUGCUCCGUUUACAGAUGACGGAUGGCCAUACGUCCUGCACGGCCAUAGAGUUUAAUCACUUGUCAAAAGUCAGCUUGAACACUCCACCUGGCACAAAAAUGAAGCUAUUAGGAACUGUUGAAGUGAAAAAUGGAUGCUUGCUUUUGGAUGACACCAACACUGUCAUGCUUGGAGGUGAAGUGGAGCCGCUCAUAGAGAAAUGGGAGCUGCAGAGGAGUUUAUCAAAGCACAGUCGAAGCAAUAUCGGAACUGAAGGAGGUCCUCCACCAUUUGUGCCUUUUGGACAGCGUUGUGCAUCUGUUACUUCAGUUGACAGCAGGGAACUUGAUAGCCGAAAAACGCUGCAGGCUCCUAGCACCACCAAAUCUGUUGGGGAGAAUGAUGAGUUUGAAAAACAAAGGACUGCUGCCAUUGCUGAAGUGGCGAAAAGCAAAGAGACCAAGACAUUUGGAGGAGGUGGCAAUGCUGGAAGCAAUCUCAAUGUUGGUGCUGGAGGGAGUCGUAAUAGGGAAGUGUUCCAGAAAGAGAAGAUAAUCAGAAGUGAAGGUAGAUCGGAGGGAGUGUAUCGUGAGCUGGUUGAUGAGAAGGCCCUGAGACACAUCACAGAGAUGGGCUUCAGUAAAGAAGCAGCCAGGCAGGCACUGAUGGACUUCAGCAACAAUAUGGAGGCAGCUUUAAAUUUCCUUCUUGCUGGCAGCAAACCAAAGCCUGUUCAAGGGCCACCACCCCGAGGUAAAGGAAAAGGUCGAGGAAGAACACGUGCAGAAGCAGAUGAUGAAUUAACAAAUGCUAGACCUUCUGCACCUAGUACACUGUUUGACUUUCUGGAAUCGAAAAUGGGAAAUUUUUCACUUGAAGACAACAAACCACAAACUCAACCUCAAAACCAAGGAUACCACAGAGUUCAGAAUUUAGAGCAGAAUGGAGUGAAGGAUCACAAUCAAUCUCGUCAGUUUUCGCGGAAUGAUACUAGAGGUCCAAGGAAUGAAAAGCCGCCUCGCUUCCAAAGGGAAGUGCAUGCACCUAGACAGUUUGAAGGUAAUGGGCCACCAAGAAGUCGAGGCCCAGAAAAACACACUUCAGAGCCAUGGAUUGAAGACAGGAGUAAGUGUGAAAAAGGAUAUCCACGAAAUGAGAGAAUAAAAGAUUUUUCACAUUCUUCUUCUAGUUACCAAAAUGAUGGUACAUUUAAAAAAAGAGAAAAUAGUGUACAAUGUAGGACCAUAAAAGGUCCCAACCUCAUUGAAACAAGAUUGGACACCAGCAUUCAGAAUAAUAAUACAGAGACUGGUCAACAAAAACGUGGUAGAAGAGAAGACCAAAGAUACAAUUCAGAAUUCUAUAUUGACAGGAGACCACGGACAGGUAACAGUGAAACAUUCACUAAUUUACCAAACGAGAAAACUUUUAGUGCCAAUAUGGAAUCAUCAAAUUAUCAUGGAACAUUAGUAAAAGAUGGUGCUAAUGAUUUACCAAAUGGAGAACUUGAGCAGAAAGGAAGAAGAAUUGGGCCUAUAAAACCGAUAGGAUCAAAUCUAAACUCUGAACAGGAGGAUAGAAAUAAGAUGUUGUUGUACACCAAUAAUUCUAAAAAGAGAUCUGGUACAAUAAAAUCAGAGCGAAUUCUGGAUAAUGUCUACACAGCCUUUAGCUGGAGACCUGGGGAUGAAUGUUUAGCUCUUUACUGGGAAGAUAAUAAGUAUUACAGAGCUGAAAUUGAAGCCCUACACUCUUCUGGAACCACAGCAGUGGUAAAAUUCAGCGAUUAUGGGAACUAUGAAGAAGUACUAUUAGAAAACAUCAAGCCGAUUCAGGCAGAAGCAUGGGAAGAAGAGGGGGAAUAUGGAGAUUCACUUGACUUCCGCAGAGGAGGGGAUGGACAACCGAGAAGAUCUACUAGACCAACUCAGCAAUUUUAUCAACCACCCAGAGCACGGAACUGACUGUUAAGAGCCACCACCUCACAGAAGAAAGGAAUACUGCGGCUGUUUUUACGGAAGUGGUAUAUUUUUCUAAAGAAUUGCCUUGCACUGUGGUGUUAAUAUCCUUAUUGUGAACAAGACUCUGGGUCUUCAGAAGCAAGUAGAAACAGAUUUACCACCAGUUAUUAGUUUAAUGAUUUUUUAAAAAAAAUAUGAAUUUCUUGUUUGCAUCAAUAAAACCACAGUGCA